AGGAGGGGAGGAGCUCAUUUUUGGACAAAAUUUAUCAUAAAAUUCACAGUUGCCAACUCCAGGGGCUAAAUUGCGUAUUGCCCGACAAUAAAUUUGGGUGGGCAGACCAUCGCCGUCCGCCGCCGGUUCAACGGCGGCGGAGCACAUGCCCUUCUCCCUGCGCCGCCUCCUCCGUCUCAUCCGCGAGCUCAUGACCCUGCCCGCCGCGGACGACGCCGCCGCCUCCGAAGGCGAGCGGCGCGACUGGGAGCCGCCGUUCGACGCUUCCAGGCCGGCGCCGCCCAUCUCCUACCCCAUCACCGACCUCUCCGCGCUCGCCUCCCGCUCCUACCUCUCCGAGGCCUCCAACUUCCACCUCCCCUUCAACCGCGCCUCCACGCCGCUCCCCUCUCCCGGGGCGCCGCUCCCGCCGCGGCGCCGCCUCCUCGUCUGCCACGACUUCCAGGGCGGCUACCGCGACGACGCCGCGCCGCAGGGCGGGGCCGACCCCGAUGCCUACGCGCUCUGGCAUUGGCACCUCGUGGACGUCUUCGUCUACUUCUCCCACUACCUCGUCACCCUCCCGCCGCCAUGCUGGACCAACGCCGCGCACCUCCACGGCGUCAAGGUUUUGGGAACGUUCAUCACGGAGUGGGAUAAAGGCGCAGAAAUCUGCAGGGAGAUGUUUGCAACACAGGAUUCCGCGCAGAUGUAUGCCGAGAGGCUUGCAGAGCUGGCUGCUACCUUAGGCUUUGAUGGCUGGCUGAUCAAUAUUGAGGUUAAGCUCGACAUUCAGUUCAUCAAUAACCUGAAAGAGUUUGUCAGUCAUCUAACCAAGAGAAUGCAUGCUGCUGUUCCUGGAUCUUUAGUCAUAUGGUAUGAUGCAAUUACUGUGAGGGGCGAUCUCGAUUGGCAGGAUAAGCUCAACGAGUAUAACAAGCCAUUCUUUGAUUUGUGUGAUGGCUUAUUUGCCAAUUAUACAUGGAAGGAAAAAUAUCCACGAGAUUCAGCUGCAACUGCUGGUGACCGGAAGUAUGAUGUGUACAUGGGUAUUGAUGUUUUCGGCCGAAAUACUUUCGGUGGUGGGCAAUGGAAUACAAAUGUUGCCCUUGAUCUACUUAAAAAAGAUGAUGUCUCAACUGCGAUAUUUGCUCCUGGAUGGAUAUAUGAAACUAAGCAACCACCUGACUUUCAGAGUGCACAAAAUCGCUGGUGGGGCCUCGUUGAAAAAUCAUGGGACGUUCUUCGGAGCUAUCCGAAACGAUUACCUUUCUACUCAGAUUUUGAUCAGGGUCAUGGUUACCAGGUAUCUUCUGAAGGUCAACAAGUCUCACGUGAUCCAUGGAACAAUAUUUCCUGCCAAAGUUUUCAGCCUAUGCUUAAGUACACUGGAGAUGAAGUUCAACCACCAGUACAAACUUCUAUCAAUUUCAGGGAUGAGCCGUACAGUGGAGGGGAUUGUGUGACAGUCCAAGGAAGUCUCAGGCAGAACGCAAUUUUCUCAGAGCAGCUUUUUAAUGGAGGACUUUCCAUGGAAGAUGGAUAUGUACAUGUGUUUUAUUCGGUCAAAGCUGAUGCAAACUGUGACAUAGGAUUAUCCCUGGACUUGUCAUCCAAAAACAAGGGGAAUACCUCCAUUCUCAUUGCAGAGGACAUAUCGACAUUCAGUAGAAAGAAACACCAUCACUUGUACGGCUCAUAUGUUCGAUCUGAUAAGGUCGAGUCACAAGCUCCCGAUAACCAAAACUGGGUCCUCUACCGAGCAACUGUCCAGUCCAGUGCCAGCUACACAUUAACUGGAAUCAACAUUGUCUGCACAUUGAAAACCACUGGCAAAAUCGAUUCAGAAGCAGAGGAAGAUGGAAGCUCAGAGGAAGAUGCAGAUAGAUCGUCGCCUUACCAUGCAUCCGUAGGCCACAUAAGCAUCCGGAACAUGGACGAAAACACACAGUUCCCUUCAGCAGAAUCGUGGGUGACAGAAGGCAAUUACAUCUCUUGGUCAAAUAACUCCAACACAUCUAAGCUUCUUAGUCUGAAAAUUAGCUGGAAGCUGAAUCCGGGUCAUCAAGCAUCAUUCAUGAAGUACAACAUAUAUGUAGAGAAGCUAACUGCGGAUUCAAAUGCCAAGGCUUCCAGGAGUUUUCUUGGUGUCGCAAGCGUUGAAGCCUUCUAUGUGUCAGACCUUCAGGUUCCCAACGAAGUCGCCAGCCUGAAAUUUAUCAUUCAAGCGUGUGGGCGGGAUGGCAGCCGCCAAGAACUCGAGGAAUGUCCAAAGUUGUUUUUGGUGCCAGUUGACACUGGCGUGUAACCUUGAUAUACAUACAAUUACAAUGCAACGAUUCGUUCCAUUACCAUAUUUCAUUUUAUACCCUGAUGAAGGAAAGAAGAAAGAAAUAAAGUGAUUGGGUUGGUAUGAGAA